CCCUCUACAAACAAAGAUGGCGUCCCCUCACGGCAGUGUCGGCUGUUUUUCCUCGUUUCACCUCUCCUUUACCAUCAUUAUCUGAACUGGCUCCGAGCCGAAUUUACCACAGAUUUACCUCAACCUUUCAUCGCGUUGCAAAACUUUUAUAUUUUACCCAAUGAUUGAAUGCUGCAAACACCAUGCGAAAGAGAACUCCACAACAACUUGCAGUCACUAGACUGCAAGCAUCCAGGAGUAGUAUGCAAACUCCAGUAUCCUCUGUCUUAACUCCAAGAACUAGAUCACCAUCCCCAGCCACCAGGUCUCAAACUCCAGAUUUGUGUAAUCUAAGCGCUGGUGUGCAGAAACUUGACAUCAUAGAAAGAAGUGAAAAUGAAUCUGCUGUUGCAUACGUUACUGGAAAGAAUGUACUUAAUAAAAACACUGGAGUUCGAUACAUCACUGAGGACUUAAUUAAAAAGCAGUCACGUGAAGAACAAUUUAGUUCUGUGCGUUCUCUCAACUUAUGUCUGUCCAAGGAAACAGGGAAGAAGUUUAAGUUUAUAGAAAACCUGGAAAAAUGUGAGCAGUUAUUGGUUUUGAACCUGAAUAACAAUUUGAUUGAGAAAAUAGAAAAACUGGACAAACAGUCUAAACUGCGUGAACUUAGUCUUUCAUACAAUCGUAUUUGUAAAAUUGAAGGUUUGGAGCACAUGGUGAACCUUCAAAGUCUGAAGCUGGCUGGAAAUUAUAUUGAACAAAUUCCAGUUUGGGUUGGAAAGAAGUUGCGAUCCCUUCGCAUUCUUAACCUCAAGCAAAACAAUAUUACGUCGCUCCAGGAUAUAGCUAAACUGAAACCUUUGAAAGAGUUGACUUCACUAACUCUGGCAAAUAAUCCCAUUGCUCGACUUCCGCAUUACCGACUAUUUGUAAUAUAUCAUUUACGUUCAUUGAAUUGCUUGGAUGGACAGCUCAUAACUAUCCAGGAGCGGCAAGAGGCUCAUGAACAAUUUAAUUUAGAAGAACUAGAGAAACUAGAGAAGGAACUAGAAAGCAAGAUGAAGGAGAUUGAGCAGAUGGAGCAGGAGCAAUCUAAGGCUGUAGAGAACAUUAAAAGGCAGGAACAACUAAAUAAGUCACUUAAACAGGAACAGCAGCAACAGAAGAACAACUACAAGGAACUGGAAAGGGAGUUGGAAACCAAGAAUGCACUGCUAAAGCAAAAGACUGCAGAGUUAACAAGGGCAUGUCAUAAACAGUAUCAGCUGGAGCAGGAACUAGCAUUUUACAAGAUUGAUGCUAAGUUUGAACCAUUGCAUCACUUUCCAGAGGUGAAUUCUGAAUUUGAAGCAAUCCCUAAUGAAAGCCCAUACAUUGGGAAGGCCAGAUACAAGAGAAACCUUUAUAUUCAAGAGGAACAUAUUACUGACCCAGUACAGCAUGGAGAAGUUGGAAAAAUUCAUUUUGAUGAAGCUGAUCAGGGAAAAAGUGAAGAAGUGAGAGCAAAACUUCAUCAAGACUUGGAUGUUCAACUGGAAGAUAAAGAAAAAAUGAUUCAGAAAGCUGAAGAGUCAUUAAAGCAACUACAACAUGAAAAGGAAAAGACCCAACAGCAAGUUUUGAGAACCGUUGAAGAACUGAGAAGUCUGGAGGCGUUAAUAGCACAAAAGCGGGUGUCAGAAGUUGAGAAGGAUCAACUCCAUCAGCAGUUAGCACUGAAGAUCCAGCUGAUUAACAAAUUGCAUAAGGAAACUGAGCAAGUGAGGCAGCAGGAGGAAAGACAAAGAAUGGAGAUGGAGAAAAAACAGGAUGAGAUUGAUAAUCUAGGAAAGAUCCUGAAGUCUCUUGAUCCUAAAGAUCCUCGACAUGUACAUUUGAAAACGCAAAUGACCAGUAAAACCCAACAACUUGACACGAUGUCCAAACAAUACAAACUGUUAGAGAAGCGUCUGGAAGAAAUGCUGUCUAAAAUUGCUAAGGAAACAGAGGAUAUCAAGGAUCUUGAAGAGCAGCUGACAGAAGGCCGUAUAGUAGCCAAUGAGGCACUGAAACGGGACCUCGAAGGUAUUAUUGCUGGGCUGCAGGAGUACUUGGAGAGUGUAAAGGGGCAGGCAAAACAAGCUCGGGAGGAAUGCGUAGCGCUACAGAAAGAAAAGGAGAUACUGUUGCUUCAAUUGGCUGAUUUGGAACAACAGAAGAAUCAGCUAGAAAUUGUUGCCAUGGAUGCAGAGCACUUGAGAAGGGAGAUGUCUGACCUGGAACAUUCCUUACAAGAGCAACAGGAGUUGAAUGAGUCUCUGCGUCAAGCUCAAGGUGACCUCAGUGAAUAUGAGGCUGAGUUAGAAUCUCAAUUGCAAGCAAGGGAUAUUGAAGCAAACCAGCUUAGGGAGGAACUGGAGCGACUCCGGAAGCUUAGUCAAAUGGAGCAAUCUGCCCUGCAAGCUGAGCUGGAAAAGGAAAGACAAGCUCUAGAAAAUGCCAUAGCACAGGCUCAACUAGUGGCUGAAAAGGAGCAUGAAAACAAGAAGUUAGUUGCCCAACUAAAAGGUCUUCAGAUUGAUAACUCUUUGUUGAAGGAACAGCUUCAGGAGCUUCAGGCACAUAUAGAUCAGGCUAUGAAAACAAUGAUUCACCCAGAGGAGGUUUCUGCACGUGUUUCUGAGCUCAGAAAAAGACUGGAUUCUGGUAUCCACGAAAUUAGGCCUUAUAACCAAGGAGACACUUUGGGAAAGAAUCUUGCUGGAUUGCAGAAACAGUUGAAUAAAAUUUUGGGCCGCUCGCAACAGGAAAAAGAGGAAGCUUUAAAACAUCAGAAGAAAUUAGAACAGGAAGUGAUGGGAUUGCAAGAUGAACUGAAAAAUAAACAGGAGGAUUACACAACUGCUUGUGAAAAGGCAGUAGAAACAUUGAUGAAAUCUGAAAAAGAAGUCAAUGAAGCUAAGGCACAGGCUUUGAAGAAUGAAAUAUUGCAGCUCCAGGAGGAACUGACAAACAUGCAGGAGUUACAGGCACUCACUGACAAGCAGCUUCAGGAGGCUGAUGCAGAUAGAGACAAACUUCUAACAGAAAUUGAAGAUAAAGAAAACAAGAGCAAAAUAGAGGGUCGAAGAAUGCAUUUAAAACUGCGUGGCCUCGAGAAAAACUUGAAAGACUUGCAGGAAACAGUGGCUACAUCUGAGAAGGUGGCUGCUAAAGAACUCUCCACUGCUAAAGACCACCUAAAAGUUCUUGAGGGGACUGUUCAAAAACUUAGCCUUGAAAGAACGGAGGAGGUGGGAUUAGCAGAAAAAUUCAAAGCUGAGGCAACUCGGGCAGCUCGUGACCUUGCCAAGGCAGAAGCUGAAAUCGAUAUGCUACAGAAUCUGUUGAAAGAAAAAGAAAGCCAGAUUCUGGAUGGAAUUCAGUCAUUUGAUUUUGGAGCAAAUACUGUAAAUGGACAACAACUAGAAAUUGAUAGACUAAAUCGAGCUCUAAAUCAGCAACGGGCAGAACUGAAACACCUCCAAGAUCAUCUGGAUCAAGCCAGAGAAGGUAAUUUAGAUGAGAUGGAAGACUUGAUAAAUGAAAUCACUGCACUCAGAAUUGCCCUUGGCAAUCAGAAUGACUAUAUUACAAGCAUGACUGAUCCAUUUAAGAGAAGAGGGUACUGGUACUUUGUGCCAUCUGCACCAAAACCAUCAAGCCUGGUUUCGCAAAAUAAUCAUACCAAAGACUCUGGAUUCGGUUCUCAAUAUCAGGUUCCACCAUCUUCAUGUCAGCGAUCAACUCCUAAAAGAGAAAAUGAGGACGGAUAUACACAACCAAUUCCUCGAGGCUAUUGGGUUUACUCACCAAUCAGACGUGCUUCAUACAAGACUCGAACCCACACAGGUGAUGGUGAAGACAGUGGGACUGAGAGUGAUGAUAGUGGCAUGCCCAGGCAACCUUUUACAGCCCCACCAAGCUCAGUUAUUUAUACAAUGUACCCCGAUGGUACCCCUGUGCCACAAGGUACAGUGGUAUAUGGACCGCCUCCAACAGCAACAGCCGCUGUUGGACCUGAUUCUUCGAGUACAAUUAUUUAUGGACCUCCACCACCUGGAGCUCACGUUGUUUAUGGACCACCUCCUGCCAACGUUACUGUACCUCUUAUUCCUGCUGGUGUUCUGCAUUGCAAUGUAUUGGAGCAUCAUGACUUGGAGAGUGAAGUCAGCAGACUAGAAGACAUUAUUGCCCAUUUGAGGUCCCAUAAAUAUGAAGAUCAGACAAGCCCAUCCACAGAUAGGUAUCAUGAGCAAAUAGAACAACUUCGGCACAGCAUCCGUGAAAUAUUACAUGGGAGAGAAGAAUUGGAGCAUGACAUUGAAGAAUUGCACAAGACACCUCAUAAGCACAGCAACCAAAAAGGAUAUUUAGAUGGACGUCUAGAUCAGCUGAUGAAUGAGCUUGACAUGGAAAAAUCUCUCAAGAGACAUGAUGAUGUUGUUGAUGAAAUUGAAUGUUUGGAGAUAACCCUUGCAAAGCGAAGGGCAGAACUACGAGAAACAGACAGACUAUUGGUGGAGGCGGAGGCAGAUCUCAAAAGUACAAGGGAAAAGACAAAAGAAACUGUUCAGUGGUAUGAUGAUGCCAGGAAACACUUAAUAGACACUGAGAAAGAUGCAGAAGAAUUGGAACGAAGAGCACAGGAGACUGCAGUUAAAUUAGUUGAGGCUGAGCAGCAACUCAGAUUAAUGAAAGCUGACUUGAAAGAUCUUGAACAACACAAGACUGAACAAGAGAGUAUUUCGAAAGAAAUUAACAAAGAGAUCUCUACAAAGGAUUCAGAAUUCCUGGCACUCACCCAGAGAAAGGAAAACAUGACUGAUAUCCUAGAAAAACUACAGGCAGAGAUCCAUUUGGCAGAAACCAAAGAGAAGCAGCACCAGGAAAUGUUGAGAGAAACAGCAACAUCGAUACAGGACAAAAACAGUGAAUUGGAAAGUCUAAAUAGUAAGAUUGAAGCACUGCAGAAAGAGUUAAUGAUGCUGGACAGGUUGUCAGGCAAAAAGAAAGAGGAGCUUCGCAUUUUUCAGAAUGAUAGUGAAGAAAAAAAAGCAAGCCUGUUGGAAGUCCUUCGUAAUGUUGAGUCAGAAGUGACUGAUAAGCAGCGUCACAUUCGAGAACUGAAGGCAUUGCUUGAAGAAAUGAGUGUGCAAAAAGGUGAACUUAAUGCUCAGAUCAGUGAAAAGAAUUCACAGCUUUUCUUGUCAAAACAAGAAGUGAUAAAUGAGGAAGUAAGGCUUCAGAGCUUGCGAGCACAGACAAUCAAGCAAAAGACAGAGCUGAAACAUGUUCUGGAAAUGGUGCAGUUAGAAAAUGAUGAAUUUUUAGAAUUGAAACAGCAGCAUGAGCUGAAAGUGAAGGAACUGGACAGAAUACAGGCAGUGCUGCGGGAGGAGAAGAGUGAAUUGGAAAACCUGCAACUUACUUCCCAGUGUCAACGAGCAGAAAUAGACCACCAGAAACAGCUUAUUGAGAAGGAUCGGCAAGAUGUAGACCAGCUGAACAGCAAGAUAAAUUCACUUCAGCACAAUAUUGAAUCUCUGGAGAGAGAGAAAAGCCACAUUAAAGGAAAUUGCCUUGUAUUGGAAAACAAACUUACUCAAGCAAAAAAAGCCUUUGAAGCCACUGAAGAUAAUAACAGAAAUGCUGCAUGUAAACUGCAGAAACAACAAACUGAGAUAAGUGAACUGGGUCAGGAAAUCAGUCAAGUCACUAUCCAAAAGGAAGAGCUAAAUAGGAAAAUUGGAGACAUGGAAACCUGCCUGCAAGAGAGGAAGGCAGAGCUGCAAAUGGUGAUGGAUAAUCUCAGAGAUACCAAAGAUCAGCUGCAAUUAGCAGAUCAGGACCUUCAGAAUAUUACUAAAAGGCGUGAUGUGUUAAAAACCGAACAGCUCACGCUGAAGGAAAAUGUAAAUCGAAGUGCACGUAAAUAUCAGGCUUGUCUGGAAAAAGAGAAAAGAAAGGAACAAGAGUUAUUUAUGCUUCAGCAACACAUUGAAGAAAAACAAAAUGAACUCUCAAAGCAGCAAAGGUUAUUACAGAGUCUUGAAAAGGACAUUCAGAGUGAGGAGAUAAAGUUGGAGGAGUCUGCAUCUAAAGUAAAGGUCCACCUCCAAGGUUUGGAGGCUGAACUAUCAGACAAGAGGGAGAAAUUUGAACAGGCUGUUGCAAAAGUAAACUUAAUGGAGGAGCGAUCAAGAAAACUGCAACAUAACGAGGAACAUUGUACUUUUUUGGAGAACCAGAUUGCUACUCUAAAGCAUCAGCUUUCCAGCCAUGAACAAAAGCAGCAAGAAAUGUUGAAUGAACUUGCAUUUUGUCAUAAAGAAGUUGAGUUCUCAAAAAAAAAUCUAACUCACCUUCAGGAGCUAAUUUUUUCAGAGAGGAAAAAAGCAGAGAAGCAUAUUGCAGCCAUCAAAGAAGAGUCUAAAGCUCAGCGAACUCAACUGGAGAAAGUCCUCAACGAACAAAAACAUGAAAACAACAGACUCCAAAAUGAAUUAUCUUCAAGAGAUCAGACUGCGCAAGAUAACCAUGAACGUACCAAACGUGUCAUGACUGAGUUAAACGAGAUGAGACAGGAAUAUUUUGAACUCAAGCAACAGCUGAGAAAUCAGGAGCAAUUGGAACAACAACAGAAGGAGAUAAAGGAAGCCAUAAGGACCCUUCGGUCAGAUGUGAAAGCAGAAAUUAGCAGUAGUUUGAAAGAUCUGGAUCAGUCGUGCAUGGAACCGAAGAAUGAUCCAGAUAUAAUUUGGGAAGAGGAGAUGACUCUUCACAUUGAAACAGGAAGCUUAAAGGAUAAUGUUCCCUUUGCCAGAGAAACUCUUGAUGAAAGAUUAAGCCUGACUAGAUUUAAUUUUAAGGAUGAACAGUGGCGAGGGGACGUGCUAAGAGAGAAUCUACGACAACAGGAGGAUCACCUCAAGGCACAGAUUCGUCAGUGCAUGUCAAAGCAAGCUGAAACACUAUGUAAACGAAAGCAACAGACGGAGGGCAGUCUGACCAGCCUUAAAAGACGUGUGGAUGCUCUGGAUGAACUUGUUACUUCCACCAAUGUAGACUCAUUUCACCAGUACAAGUCUUCAUCAAACAAUGGGCAGAGCAAGGUGGGUUGUAAUUUAAGAAGGGCAUACUAGAUACAGUUGGCUGUAACUGAAGCUUUGUUUAGUUUUAUCCUUUUAAAGAAGGUUGUGGUGGGAGAAUGAAACCCUGAAUUUAUCUUUCAAUUCAUCUAAAUAGCAACCAGUUGUAAUGAUUAUAUCAAGAUUCUAUCAUGCAUUGUGUCUGUAGAAUUCUUCAUUGUAUUGAUAAAGGACUUUUUUCAUUUUUCAAAUACAAAUUAUGCUGUUUGGUCUAAAUUUUUAUUUCUGUUCAGAAACUGAAUACUAUCCAGUUUCUUACUUUUAUGAAGGUAUUUUUAAAGUCAGAAGUAUAACACCCUUCUGGUUUGGAAAGUAAACUUAAUUUUCAGCUGCUUCCAACACAUUAUCUAUAUCAGGCAAAUAUGUGAAUAGAGCCCAUCAGACAUUUAAUAUUUUUUUUUACCUGUGGUACCAUAAUUAAAUGUUCUACUUGGACAAAGUUUUGAAAUUGUAUCUGACCUUGGAAGUGCAAUGCUUACAAUUCCAACCAAUAAUUUCCAGAUUGGGAAUUCGCAGUUUGGAAUCUUGUCUCCAGGAUAUAGUGUACUGCCAAUUAUGAGCCAAGCAAAUACAGUUUAGAUACCAGUUUUUCUUUACAGUGAGCAGGUCUAGGACUUUUUAUAGAUAUCCUGAUGCUCAGCUUGAUUGUUACUUGUUUUUUCAGAAGUCAUGGUCCUCGUAUUGCAGCUUGUUUUACUUGCUGAGAAGACAGUGUGCAGUGUAAUUUGAUAUCGGACAUGAAAUGGAAAAGAAGCAGAAAUGGUGUUAAGUCACUGCUUCUUUGGUAUUGGAAUGCAAGGAAAUUAUUUAAUUUGAGUUAAUUCUCAUUUUCCUUCUUGGAUCUGCUAGAAUUUUAUGUUUAUACGUAUCCUGUUUUCUUUUUGAUGAAAUACUUUAUGCCCUUUGGUUUACUUUACUUAAUAACUGUUAAGUGUGUUGAACUUCGAAGCUAUUAACUGCCUUUUGUCUGCUCGCUCUAGUCUCUUAUGAACGUGUAUGCAAUUUUCAGAAGCAUAUUCUGGGGUCUGGGUGAUACUUGAGUGGACAUAUUUAGUGCCCAUCCCUAGUUAUUCUAAGUGGUUGGACUUGAAAGGGUGCAGUUCUUGUGGUGUUAAUGUUUCCACAAUGCUUUUAGGACAUUCAAAGAUUUUCACAUAUAAUCAAUGAAGGAAUAGCUAAAUAAUCCACAGUCAGGAUGAUAUACUGAGGAACUUGGACUUGAUGUCUUCACCAUGUCAGCACUGCAGCGGCACUUCUCAACAGAAGGACUCACAGUACAGGAUGAUGUUACUUAAAUGUUUAAGUUGCGCACUACUUUAUGAGGAUCAUGCCAAUUUCAGCCACAUUGUUGCAAUGAUGGAUUGAGUAAAAGGGAUUUUAUUGAUCAAUAAACCUGCUCUUUCCUCAAUGUUGUGCUUGUGUCAUAUCUACACCCACUUUGGUGAGAAUUGCUCAAGGCAGGUAUUGACUGCCUAAUUAGUAGGGGGGGUUAUGAAUGAAACUGGAAUAAUCAGCUAAACAACUCCUUUGGAAUGCAGGGAAAAAGAAAUUGAGGAAGUAAUUGAAGAUAGUUGGCCCAAAAAUUCUUCAGAGGAGUUAAUGGAGGGAUAUGAUAACUGGCCGCCCCCCACAGACGCAAUAAUAUUCCUCUACAUUCAGUAUUACUCAGUCACUGGAGAGUUUUCUCUUUUUUUUUCAAAGCUAUGUGUUGGACAAGGGCAUUUCUGGCUGGACCAGCAUUUAUUGUCUGUAACUAGUUGCCCUUGAGAAGGUGAUGGUGAGCUGCUUUCUUGAACUGCUGUAGUUAGACCCAUAAUGCUGUUAGAGGGGGUCUUCCAGGAUUUUGACCCAACAGUAGUGUAGGAAUGGUGAUAUAUUUCCAAGUCAGAAUGGUGAGAGACUUUGAGGGGAAUUUGCAGAUGUUCAUGUUCUUGUGUAUCUGCUGCCCUUGUCAUUCUAGGUGGAAGUAUUUGUGUGUUUGGAAGGUGUUGUCUAAGGGUAUUUGGCGAAUUUCUGCAGUGCAUCUUGUAUAUAGUACACAUUGCUGCUGCUGAGUGUCAGUGGUGGAGGGAGUAAAUGUUUGCGGAUGUUAGAGUGACUUUAGUCUUACUAAGCAGUUACCUUUAUCUUUGUUCUUCCAUCGGUGUUGAGAUGAAGGCUUCGUAAAUUAAGAUGCGAAUUUAUGCAAAAUCUAGCUUGGGAUGCAGUAAUAUUGUGGUUGUUUUAGUGAUUUAGUAAUCCAGAGGUAUUGAAUAGUGUUCAAGAGACAGGAUUUCAAAUCCCAAAGUGACAACUGGAUAAUUUAAAUUUAGUUGCUAAUAUAAUGUAACCCUGAAAUGAUGAGCUUUAUUAAUGAUAGAGGUAAAUGCAACUAGCAGAUUGUCUUAAAAACCUAUCUGCUUCAUUAAUGUUCAUUAGAGAGGGGAAUCUUCUGUCCUUACCUGGCCUUUGAUACUUCAGACCAGCAGCAAUGUGGUUGACUCUUGACUGCCCUUUGAAAUGGCCUGUCAUCCUAUGAAGUCCUCAUCACAUGGGCUGAUAUGGCUUAAGACACCUUCUCAAGGGCACUUAGGAGGACAUCAAUAAAUAUUGACCUUCCCACUGACACAAAAAUCCUGUGCAUUUUUUAAAUGUCAUUACAUACCCCUCUUUGUGUUUUCUUGUGAACCAUUCUGUUCCUCUCCGUUAUUCCAAUACUUGUUCCAAUAUUAUUGGCUUUGUCUUCAUCUGCUGGGGGUCUCUAGGCUCUGGAAUCAUCUCCGUAAACCUCUCCAUAUUUCUGCCUCUCUUUCUGUCUUGUGUUAAGAACUAUUUCUUUGACCAUGAUUUUGGCCACAUCGCCUCUUCUGCCUAAUGUGGGUCGCUAUUAAAUUUUGUGUGAUAACUCUUCUGUGAAGCAGCUCCAACGGUUUACUCCUCUACAGGUGCUACAUAAAUGCAAAUUGUUGCUUUUUAUUGUUUCAGUCUCUUCUUCAAGGAAUAGUUCAAUCAUCUUCUAGAAACUCAACAGAAAGAUCUCUUCAACCAGAAAGCACCCAUCUGCAUGUUGCAGAAGUAAAUGUUUCUGAAAAUGAUGCAG